GAUCGCCAGUCGGCCGUCGACCAUCGACGCGCACGGACAUUUUAAGAAGGGAGAUUGCGCGUCGCGAUUGCGUGAGUGGAUUCAACGUCGCCGCGAGUGCCGAUUGAAGAAGAGUGCAGGACGAGAGCAGGCUCAUUGUACACGCAUUGUUAUUGCUAUGCAUGGACCAUACGGAGUAAAAUGUGAAUGUCAGCGACACUGAAGACGAUGAUGCUGCGUGAGCUGAUCCUGCUGGCGGUGGCGGCGGCAUGCCUCGUGCAAGGAUGGAACGUCAAGCCCGAAAGUCAGAAGGUGGCAGUCAAGUGCGAACGGCUCAGCGUGUCCUUCUGCAGAGGACUGCGCUACAACUUGACGGCGAUGCCGAACUUCAUGGGCCACGUGGAUCAAGUGCAGGCUGAGCGAGGGCUGACGACUUUCAUGCCACUGGUCCACUACAACUGCUCGAGACAUCUUCGGCUCUUCUUAUGUGCCGUUUUCGCGCCGGUCUGCUCGGAACAUGUGACUAUACAAAUACCGGUCUGCAAGUCCCUCUGCCUUUCCGUAAGGAGAGAUUGCGAACCGGCGUUAACCACCCUCACGCUUCCAUGGCCGCAUAUGCUGGACUGCGACCGCUUCCCGAAUCAGGAUAACGUACUCUGUGUAAAAUCACCGGAUGAUACAUUGGACGAUACCAGUUUGCCGGUACUGCCAAGCGUGCAACAACAGUGGCCGAUCGUGCACGAGCAGCCGCUGCAGAUCUCCACGCAAGAGCAGCAGCAACAUCAUCACCAGUGCCCUCCGCCCUUUGUGCAGAUCCCUGAAGUGAACACGAUCUCGUGUGCACCACGCUGCGGCACCGACGCCUACUAUCGCGCGGAGGACAAGAGGUUCGCCGAGCGUUGGAUGACCGGCUGGGCAUGGCUGUGCUUCCUGUCGACUUCCUUCACUUUGCUGACCUUCUGGGUCGAGCCGUCUAGGUUUCGCUAUCCCGAGAGGCCGAUAGUCUUCUUGGCUCUCUGCUACAAUCUUCUCUCCGUGGCAUACAUCGUCCGAGGUGUCGUGGGCGCUGAAAAUCUCAGCUGCGCUAUUCAGAUCGAUGGAACAAGCUACGUUCCCGUUCGUGAUGGCCUGAAGAGUGUUCCCUGUACAAUUUGGUGGUUGGUCAGGUACUAUCUGGGACUAGCCAGCAGCACAUGGUGGGCAGUUCUUUGCGGUUGCUGGCUGUUGAGCGCCAGGAACGAGUGGAGCAGCGAGGCUCUUCACAACAUCGCAUCUUAUCUUCAUGCAGCCGCGUGGAUUCUUCCAGUACUCUUUACAGGAGGAAGCCUGUUGUCACGCAACGUGGUGGCGGACGAGCUGACCGGGCUAUGCCAGAUCUCUGACGAGUCGGCGCUUUGGCUGGAGGUGAUACCGCACGCCGCAUUAUUGCUGCUGGGUUGUGUGUUCGGCAGCAUUGCUGGAAGCGCGCUGGUUCGCGUUCGAAGAGCCGUGCGUUGCGCUGGCCGUAGUGCCACGAAGUUGGAGCGUCUAAUGACCCGGUUGGGUAUCUUCGCGCUACUGUACGCGUUGCCGGCACUGGGUGGCCUCAUCUGCGUCUUACACGAAUCGUCGGUGAGGCCGCGAUGGCGGAAACUGGCGUUACUGGCUGCGUUGGACUGCCGCGCUACCCAAAAUUGCGCACCAGGCCCGGUCUAUCGAGCUGCCGGCCUCGAAGUAGCUCUCCUCAGGCUCUUCUUGUCGCUCGUGGUUGGCGUUACUUCCGGCAUGUGGGUCUGGUCUGGUAAAACCUGCCGAGCUUGGAGCAGGCUUCUCGCUGCGCCCAGCAAGCCUGUCAGGAUGCAGACUCCUUUCCAAGGCAUCAAACAGGAUGCUAACGUCGCUUGAGGAAUUUUCGGUUGAACUACUGACGUGGUAAGAGUAAAGACCGCCAGUCUUGAGAAAAUAUUAAUAUAUGAAAAGUAGCAGUACUCCAUACGCAUGAGGUAAUUGGAAAACGGUGACGUUAUCAACCGUUUUAAUUUGUGUAAUAAAAUAUUAAUUUUGCAAGUUAUAAUUAAUAUAACAAUAAUAUAAGUAUACAAAUAAUAUAAGUAUGUAUAUAAACCUAUUAAAGUAUACUAUAUAUUUAAGAUAAAGUAUACUAUAUAUUUUCGUGAAAUUAUGUGCAUUUCUCAUUCAUGCUAUAAUUUGACAAAAUUUACCGAUACAGAUUAUUAAAAUAACGAAGUUCUUCAUAUAAGAUAAAACCCUAAAAGACUGGCAGUUUUUAUUUUUAUUUUGUCGGGGUGGUCGAACUUAUUCGAGCAACAAUACGAAUAUUCGGGGAUAUAAAAUACGUAGCGGUGAAGACACGUUGGAUAUUUUACGUUAUUAAUAUUUGUUUUAGACGUUCCGUAGAUAAUCUUUGGAUAUCCCUUGAACCUUCGUGUUGUUAGGCUGGCUUGUGAGAGAUUAAUUUUAUAACCAUGGCAGCAUUCGCUGAGUGGUUUCAUGUGAUUUUAUUUAUGAGUCAAAACAUAAGAAUGCUUGUACGGGUCGGUAAAUGCUGAGAAUGAUUGCUUUUGUAUAUAUACGUUGUACAUAUUGUAAAAAUGUGAUGUACGUAUGAGAAGUCGUAGAGUAUAAAGAUUAUAAAUCUGCAGUUAACACAUUGACUACCGUGAUGGUUACCGGUGACCAACAUUAUUAUACUAUUGCGUCUUGUUAAAUAAAGUAUAAUUUUUGUAUCUAAAAAUUUGAUUGUGCGAUUCAUAAAGCGCUAAUAAAAUGAGAUAAAAAGUCUGUGCAUUGGGAGUUACAUUUAUUUUUCGUAUAUAUCAUAAAUUUAAUUAUCAGUUCGGUUUUUGUACAAUCUAUGAAAGUGCGACAAUCAAUGUGUUAACGUUGAAUUAUGGCAUUAUUAUAAUAAUGGCAAAAGUGUGUAUCUUGAUACAACUUUAAUAAAUACCAGUCACUAUUUUUACUUGUAAA